ACUGUUAUUUCGGAAGCAUAAGUUUCGGUCCUUGUACUAUUACUAUUAUUUUUAUAAUUUAAGAAAUUUAAACUGGUGUCGUAGUGCCAACUUAACCGACGUAAAUUCUUUCAGAUUGUUGUUGCGGAAGGCAGAAUGGGUAAGGUAAAGUGCUCCGAACUGCGAACUCGCGACAAGAAGGAGCUCACCAAGCAGCUCGAUGAGCUCAAAACCGAGCUCACAAGUCUCAGGGUGGCCAAAGUGACGGGCGGCGCCCCCUCGAAACUGUCCAAGAUUCGCGUUGUACGCAAAGCCAUCGCUCGCGUGUACAUUGUGAUGCACCAGAAGCAAAAAGAGAAUUUGCGGAAGUUGUACAAGAACAAGAAAUACAAGCCUCUGGAUUUGAGACCUAAGAAGACCAGGGCUUUGCGCCGUGCGCUCACCAAACACGAGAGACGCAUCAAGACGCCCAAGGAGCUCCACAAGAGGUCGAUCUACCCCCAGAGGAAGUUCGCGUUGAAAGCUUAAUUUGUACAAUUAAAUAAAACGUUUCGUAAAAUA